UUUCUGAGGAGCAGCAGUCGUCCUGCUGUGCUUCGUGUCAGGACGUCCUGAAGGAUCCAAUCUCCACCAGCUGUGGACACUGGUUCUGCAGACAGUGCAUCACCUCAUACUGGGACCAGUCUGGCUCUUCAGGAGACUCCUCCUGUCCCCAGUGUGGACAAAGAUCCAGAACAGGAGCUGGAGCUCAGACAGCCGAUCGUGGUCUGCAGGAGGUUUUAGAUGAACAUAAGCUCAGUCUGAGCAGGAGAUGUGAACAUGUGACUGAAGGAAGUGAUGAAACAGGAAAUAGAACCCUCCUCAACAGGAUCUACACUGAGCUCUACAUCACAGAGGGACAGAGUGAAGAGGUUAAUACUCAACAUGAGGUGAGGCAGCUUGAGACGGCUUCCAAGAUGAAGAUCCUCCACGACACUCCCAUCAGGUGCCACGACAUCUUUAAAGCCUCCACUGACCAGCAGAGCAGCAUCAGAGUCGUCCUGACCAACGGCGUCGCUGGCGUUGGAAAAACCUUCUCGGUGCAGAAGUUCACUCUGGACUGGGCAGAGGGUUUAGAGAACCAGGAUGUGGGUCUGCUGACUGUGCUUUCGUUCAGGGAGCUGAACCUGGUGAAGGACCAGCAGCACAGUCUCCUCACGCUGCUCCGUGUUUUCCAUCCAGCGUUACAGAAGCUCACGGCAGAGACGCUCGCUGUCUGUAAACCUUUGUUCAUCUUUGACGGCCUGGAUGAAAGCAGACUUUCUCUGGACUUCUACCACAGGGAGCUUGUGUCUGAGGUCACACAGAGGUCAUCAGUCAACGUGCUGCUGACAAACCUCAUCCGGGGGAAUCUGCUUCCCUCGGCUCUCGUCUGGAUAACCUCCAGACCUGCGGCGGCCAAUCAGAUCCCUCCUGCAUGUGUUGACAGGGUCACAGAAGUACGAGGCUUCACUGACGCCCAGAAGGAGGAGUACUUCAGGAGGAGAUUUAGUGAUGAAGAGCUGUGCAGCAGAAUCAUCUCACACAUCAAGACGUCCAGGAGCCUCCACAUCAUGUGUCAAAUCCCAGUCUUCUGCUGGAUCAGUGCUACAGUUCUGGAGCACAUGUUGACCACAGACCAGAGAGGAGAGCUGCCCAAGACCCUGACUGAACUGUACUCACACUUCCUGAUGGUUCAGACAAAGAGGAAGAACAACAAGUAUGCUGAGGGACAUGAGACGACUCCACAGCAGCUGACGGAGGCUGACAGGGACGUUCUCCUGAAGCUGGGGAGGCUGGCACUUAAACAUCUGGAGGAAGGAAACAUCAUGUUCUAUCAAGAAGACCUGGAGCGGUGUGGUCUUAAUGUCACAGAGGCCUCGGUGUACUCAGGAGUUUGUACUGAGAUCUUCAGAAGAGAGUGUGUGAUCUUCCAGAAAUCAGUCUACUGCUUUGUUCAUCUGAGCGUUCAGGAGUUUCUGGCUGCAGUCUACAUGUUCCACUGUUACACCAAGAGGAACACAGAAGAACUCAACAACUUCUUGGGAACAUAUAGAAACACAGACAGUACCUUCUCCCUGGAUGACCUCCUGAAGAGAACCAUGGAGAAAUCGCUCACCAGUACAAAUGGUCAUUUGGACCUGUUUGUUCGCUUCCUUCACGGCCUCAGUCUGGAGUCCAACCAGAGGGUCUUAGGAGGCCUGCUGGGUCGGAGAGGGAACAAUCCAAAUAUCAUCCAGAGAGUAAUCAACAACCUGAAGGAGAUGCAGAGUGAUGACAUUUCUCCCGACAGAAGCGUCAACAUCUUCCACUGUCUGACUGAGAUGAACGACCACUCAGUUCAUCAGCAGAUGCAACAGUUCCUGACGUCAAAAAACAGAUCGAAGGAGGAACUCUCUGAGAUCCACUGCUCAGCUCUGGCCUACAUGCUGCAGAUGUCAGAGGAGGUUCUGGAUGAGUUGGACAUGGAGAAGUUCAACACAUCAUUCUGGGGUCGACAGAGACUGAUCCCAGCUGUGAGGAACUGCAGGAAGGCUCGACUUGAUGGUUGUCGUCUAUCAGAGACUCACUGUGAAGUCUUGGCCUCAGCUCUGAAGUCAGACCCCUCACACCUGAGAGAACUGGAUCUGAGUAAGAACACACUGCAGGAUUCAGGAGUGAAGCUGCUGUGUUCUGGACUGGAGAGUCCAAACUGUCGACUGGAGGCUCUGAGGUUGAGGGGCUGCAGACUGUCAGAGAUCAGCUGUUCUUCUCUGGCUUCAGCUCUGAGGUCAAACCCCUCUCAUCUGAGAGAACUGGAUCUGAGUGGCAGGCUGCAGGACUCAGGAGUGAAGGAGCUGUGUGGUUUUCUACAGAGUCCAACCUGUCGACUGGAGACUCUGAGGUUGAGGUACUGCAGGCUGUCAGAGAUCAGCUGUUCUUCUCUGGCCUCAGCUCUGAGGUCAAACCCCUCUCAUCUGAGAGAACUGGAUCUGAGUAACAACAUCCUGCAGGACUCAGGAGUGAAGAGGCUGUGUGGUUUUCUACAGAGUCCAACCUGUCGACUGGAGACUCUGAGGUUGAGAGACUGCAGUCUGUCAGAGAUCAGCUGUUCUUCUCUGGCUUCAGCUCUGAGGUCAAACCCCUCUCAUCUGAGAGAACUGGAUCUGAGUAACAACAACCUGCAGGCCUCAGGAGUGAAGGAGCUGCUUGAUCUAAAGCAGAGUUCAGACUGUCGUCUGGAGACUCUGAGGUGGAGGGGGGGAUCUUUGUUGAGGUUAGUGUGACCAGGACAGUGUGUGUGGACGGAGGCUGAAACAGUGAAAGACGUUUAGAAACACAGAUAAUUGGUUUGGAGCCGGGAGCCUGCGGCUCUGCUUCACUGAGAAGAUGAGAACGUCUGGACUCAUCAGAUCUAAUCAGUUCAAUGACUUCAUGAAAAACAUUUGAACUCACAUUUUGAUGAUUUUCAUUCUCUCUGGAUUCUUCAUACGUGUGUUCAUAACUGAUCUGCAUGUUCCUGCUCAUUUACAAAGAGAUAGAACGUUUUGUACAGGUGGACUUUCUUUCAUGUUCAGCUUUUAUACAACAUCGGACAAUAAGAUCACACUCGACAUUUAUUCACAAAUGUACAUGAAAUUUUUCAAUCCACAACGUGAUCAACUGCAGAAGAAUCAUUUAUAUACAGUCUCUGAUCGUACUUCACGCACAGAUCUCACUACGUCCAGGACGUGAUGUCAUCACUUGUAACUGUCGGAUGUCAAGAUGUUGUGUAAACUCCGACAGGACAUUAUAAUGUUUUAUCAAUGAUUGUUGAUUAUUCUGAGUAUGAUCUCAUUCAGGUUAAGUUCAUCAGAACAUACUGUUUAUACGUCAGUGUCUUAUUGAGAUUAUUGUCUUAAUCUGGUUGAUACCAGAAUAUUGUAUCCAUGGAAACUUCAAGCAGUGAUUGGUUGGUGAGCGACAUGUCGUCCGUCACGUCUCACAGCGACAACACAGAGAGAAUUUGUGAUUCAAUAAUCAGCUGAUCACACUCAUGGAGGACGCGGGUUCAUGACCUGUACUUCAGCCAGCCAACAGGGGGCGAUGCAGAUAAUUUGGCCUCAUCUUUAUUUACUGUCUAAAUGUUAACAAUUUUAUUUCACUGUGUUUUGUUGAAUGACGUCAGAUGAGAUCUUCACUGUAAAGUCGCAGGUGACGGAUCUGACCUGAGUUUGAGUUUCUCACUUUCCGUGUUUCACUGUUUGAAUAAACUGUUUCCACUUCAUUGAAGUAAAAAUUCUGUUACAUCACAUGACUCACUGAGGAGGCUGUGGCGGCGUCUUGUAAUGCGGGCGAAGGGGCCAACACGAUGGAUCAGACACAUGGCACCGUUUGGUAAAUGAGUGUCACUGUGUCGUGUCACCACUGUUUACAACGAUGUCUUUUUAA